AUGGACAAGAAGGAAAAGAAAGAGAAGAAGCACUCGGGCUAUCAUCGCCCGCACCGUCACCACCAUGCGCGCGACACGAUCCAGUCGGCAAUCCAGCUACAGCAUCCCUUCUCGUUCGACAACUACAAUCCUCUGCGANNCGAGCCCAGCAGCACCAUCACCACAGAUCCCGUCGUGACCCGUCGCCAGAGAAGGCCCAGCAGAAUGCCGAAGAAGAACAGGAACAAGAACCCCCGAAGNCCACAGUGGUCGCCCGAAGUAGAAUAUGCCGUCGACCACCCUCCACAGCGUCUCGUUACUCCCGACACGGUCGCUCAUGAACGUCGACUACGCCAGAAGCGCCAGGAACACGUCUCUACCGCUCUGAACGCUCUUUCGCGUGACGCCCACACUGCCACCCGCAAGCUGGACGACACCUACUAUGCUCUACUCCAAAAAGUCGGUCUGCUCAAGGCCACCAUUGCUUCCUUCCAAGAUCUACACUCCUGUCUCGACGACACCACAAAAGACUUUGCCACAAGAUCGGAUUCCCUGGUCAAGGACAUCACUGGCCAAAUCGAUGCCUUGCAGAACAUGUCACAGCAAGACGAGUCCAUCGAUCAACUAGUCAAGCGCCUUCACAAGGCCAAGGAACGAGCAGAGACUUGCGAGUCCCGACUAGAGUCUUGUCGCUUGCGUUUGGAGAAGUGGGAAAAGAAAGAGCAAGAGAAGAACAAACGAAACAACCGCACCUGGGCUCUGGCCUUUACUGCCUUGACUGUAUUCAUCAUCCUCAUUCUCGCCAUCGUACUGUGGAGGAAGGGUUCUCUUGCUUCCGUGACUGAAAAGCCGUCCGAGUGGAAAGAAGCACUGGGUCUGGAGAGAAACAAGACUGCUCCUGGUAUACAUCUCGUCGACCCUAGACAAGAAAAGAUGCAAGCUAAAGAAGCUGCCAAGUGGGAUAGGUUGCUUGAUGAACUUUGA